GGUGUCCACAUCCCUGCUUCCUCACCUCAGCACCAAUCAGCCACACACAGCGACAGGAGACACGGACCGAGCAGAGAGCAGGCAGACGCACAAUACAAGAGGAGAGGAAGCACCUAUAUGUAUAUCCAGCGCUGCGAUCUAGAUUUCUUUUUUUUACCCACUCUCGUUUUGGCUUAUAGAUGCACUUUUCAACCUCUCUUCCUAGUUUGGCAGGACAAGCGAAAAAAAUGCUUCUUUUGUUUUGAGCGAUCUGAACGCACACACUGACAGAGACACAGAGAGACGCGGUGGCUCUGCUCCCCUCGGGCGGCUUGUCUGUGCGUCUUUUCUCGCAUCUUUGCAUUAAAUCCCCCCUGCCUCCCUCCACAUAUCGCCUCGCAGUGAUGUGCGGUAACACGGUGGCGGGCUGGUAGCAUCUUGGGAGCCUUGUCUCAACGGGAACCCGUGCUGAAGAAGACACACCAGGAUGGUUACUCAUUGUUCCUAACCAGCUUCAGCUCGACAAAGGCCCGUCCACCUUCACACUCUCCCCCUGAACACUGACAAGCACUCCCCAGCCAUGUCUAACAUAAACAAUGCGCUUUGCAUUGAAAACGGACAAAAUGCAGACGUGUCGCUCCUGCAGAAGGAUAAUCUCCAGGAUGGUGGAUUAAGUCAGCUCUUGGAUUAUAACGCAGAAAUGGAAAGGUACAGGUCUUUUGCGAACUUUUACAAAACGAACGGUGCGUUUCCGCAGACUGCAAAAAUUGCCCGAAUCACGACGCCCAUUUUUCCCAGCGCCAGAAUUGGUAUGUCCCCUUGGAACUGUGAUAACGCCAUGCUCUGGGGAAGGAAAUCAGCGGCAAUAAACCCUAAUAGGACCAGCAUGCAUAGAAAUGACUCCCAGAGGCCGGGGAAGCCUGGCGUGCCGCCAGAGACGCUGCAAAUGGCAAAUAAUAAUUUCCUCUCUACCUUAUCCCCCGAACACUGCAGACCUUUAGCAGGAGAAUGCAUGAACAAGCUGAAAUGCGGCGCUGCUGAAGCAGAGAUAAUGAAUCUCCCAGAACGCGUUGGAACUUUUUCCGCUAUUCCGGCUUUAGGGGGCAUCUCAUUACCUCCCGGGGUCAUCGUCAUGACAGCCCUUCACUCCCCCGCAGCCUCAGCAGCCGUUACAGACAGUGCGUUUCAAAUUGCCAAUCUGGCAGACUGCCCACAGAAUAAUUCCUCAGCAUCCAGUGGAAACCCAGCGAAGAAGAAAAGGAAAAGGUGUGGGGUGUGUGCACCCUGCAGGCGGCUAAUCAACUGUGGUGUUUGCAGCAGUUGUCGGAACCGCAAAACAGGCCACCAGAUCUGCAAAUUUAGGAAAUGCGAGGAGUUGAAGAAGAAGCCUGGCUCGUCGCUGGAGAGGACGCCGGUAAACAACGGGGAAGCUUUUCGGUGGUUCUUUUAGAAAAAUGAGAAGUGGACCUCCAUCCAGCAGCAGGAAGACAGGCAGGACUCUUGACUGUCUGCCAGGAGAAUUUCAUGGACACACAGCACGUAGCGCGGCCCAAACAUUUUUGAAGAGGACGCAAGGAGAAAAAGUGGACAGACACAAAGAUAAACAAAAACAUAAUGGUGUUGUUUUAACUCUGUAAUUUCCUUUUUUCCUGUGUAAUUAUUGUACCUUUUGACAGUAUCAUUAUGUAUAUUUUUGGUGUCUAUGAAUGUGUUUUCAGUGUCGUGGCUGUAGGUUUUACAGCCAGCCCUGUGUAAAGAACUCAAACAGACAAUCAUACAAACACACUGAAUCUGACAAAACGAAGAGGCCACAAGAAUCAAUUAUCAAACAAACACCUGUCACUCUGGAGCAAUAACUGAGCCUAUUGAUCAUUCCUCAUAUUCGCAUUUCAGUAACAUUUAUUCCCCAAACUGAGUCAUAUUCUAGGAUUGUCUUUUAACUCUGUUUACACUCUAAAAACUGCUGGGUUAAAAAACAACACUAAAUUCAGGUUAUUUUGCUAACAGUCUUGGGUUAAACACAGAGUGAUCUAAACUUUGGUUGAUUUAACAAAAUAGGGUGUCUCCAGUGUCUUGACUCUGGAGUAGGUUUUUAACUGAAAAGAUUGGUUAAAAUGACAAAUGUUUCAACGAUAACAAAGAGAGGGUUGAAAUGAUCAAUUUUAACCUGGAUAUACAGUACAUCCUUCAUUAAAAAUGAUCAGAUGAGGAGUAUCAAUCUUGUGGAAAAAAAUAUUUGGCAAUUGUUAUUUACAUUUAAAGGAAUGUCAACAUUUUUUCAUACCAAUAACUAUUGGGAAAAAAUAUCAGCAUUACAGCAAUCAGCUCACUCUUGUAAUUGCUGACCAGCUUUUUGCACAUUUCCAGUGAUAUCAUUGGUGACGAGCGCCAAGUGUUUGAAAAGGUCUCCUUACGAUAACCCUAAUCUUUAGCUCCCUCCACAGGUUUUUGAUGAGAUUCGAAUCAGGGGAUUGGCUGGGCCAUUUCAAAAUGUUAGUUUUGCUUCCAGCCAGAAGAAAUAUAUUCAGAAAAGCAAAAGAAAAAAAAAACUUUUUGUGUUAUUUUAAGACUUGCUUAAUCCACCAGGGGUGCAACUACUGUUGGAUAACUUUAUAUAAACAGUAUAAAAAGGACCUCUCCAUUCGAUUUUAUGACAAGGUCUUUGGUCAAAGUGGGUGUGUUGAACAUAGCUAGCAUUAGCUUGAGCUAACUACUUAGCAACGAACAGGCUAAAUGUGUGCCAAGUAAAAAACCAAAUCUAUAUGGGACACUUUUUUCCUCAGUACAUAAUUGCUUAAAACUCAAAAAUAAAACUGAACGGUAGAGUAUCAUAUAUGAAAUAAAUAUGUUAAAUCAAGAUAAAUAAUAAAAGUAGUUUACCUAUUUAAUUUUACUUUUUGACCAACUGAUUGGCCAAAGUGCAGUCUUAGCAGCUAAAGGGCUAGCAUUGCAUUUAGUUAUCAAGUUUUAUCUCCAGUGUUAAUCAUUAACACAAAGCAUUGACAUCAACAGUAUAAUCACAGCUAUCAGGUUGUCAUGGUAUGUAAACCUUAGUUUAACAAUAAUAUUGCCUCGCUGUUUACAUGUAUUUACACAAAAUAAAAAUGAAAAGAAAGACAUUGUUAGGAUCCAUGUCACUACAACAAUACUGAUGAGUGAUGACCUUUUAAUUUCCAGUUCAGUUUAAUUUUUCAUUAACUGAAAUCUUUCCAAACAACCAAAUUUGUCUUACUUGUAAGCAAAUCAAAAGCGUAGUAGCCUUCUGACCAGGAGUGCCCAGCAGCAUUCGGGGGAGCAACAGCACUGCGUUACUAUACAAUCAGUGCCAAAAGGUCUGAUCACUCUGGCACUUUCUUUGGCAAAUUAUAAUGUUCUAGAAAUGAUACACCUGAAGGUUUUAAGACAAUUAUUUAAUUUUUUUUUUGAUACACUCCUUAUAUGCUCAUAUCUAAUCUCUUUGCCAGCCUAUGAAACUUGGGUCCUGAUUUCUGAUUUUCUAAAACCAUUCAACUUUUGUUUCAACAAUUGAGUUAAGAAAUAACCCAGCAGUUUUUUUGUGUGUGUAAUGUUAAAACCACUUAUACCAGUGUGAAGGCGGCAGCAGGCAUGGGGACUGACUUGUGUGGACACACUCCAGAACAGGGCACAUUGUUCUGCAUUAGUGAGCUGCACUUCUAAUUGUUAGUAUCAGCACCUGAUACUUAAAUGCUGACAGAAGGUCAUAUUCCCCUAGAUAAUUCAACCUUUUAUUUCUCACAAAACUACACCAGUUGUUAUAUCUUUUUGGUACCGUUUUGUUUGGGGUCACUGAAGGUUAAUAUGAAAGCUGGAAGAAAUCCCAAUGAAGUACUGUAAACUACGGUGGAAAAUCUGGAAUUAAAUGCGGAAUGGUAGACAGAUUUUGCUCUGAAGCUAAAGUAUAGUCUGGACUUUUCUUCAGUGGAGUAAAACAGCAGUCCAGUCUACUGCAAAGCGGCAUUAAAACAUUCCAAAAAACAAAGUUAUUCAAUAAGUUACUCAUUGUCUGAAACCCUAUUGUUGCAUGUGUAAAUGUGUUUUUGGUUUUAAAGAUUACUAAGAAUUUGUAUAUUGUUGUUGUGAUGCUUUUAUGUGUUAAAAUAAAAAAAAAUGAGCUUCA